UGCAUACACACGAACAAGCAGCAUUUUGUGAACUGCAAACUCAGCCAACCUGCUACCUGGAGGCAUUGUGGGUCGACAGAGCGUAUCAAGAUGAGGACCGUUUCCAUGCUCCUGUUGGUUUUUGUGGGUUGCAUGUCAGAGUCUCACAGUGGGAACCGUAGCCCUCGAGCCAAGCGGGAACUUUUGCUGCGUUCCAAAAGAAGAUGGGUCUUGUCCACCAUUGAACUAACAGAGGAAACACCUGGUCCAUACCCUAAGACAAUUUCACACAUGUUUAAUGACAAGAAGGACAGAAAUUCAGAAAGACAUAUCUUUAAGUUAAGCGGAACGGGUGUGACUGAAGAGCCACUGGGAGUCUUCUCUAUCAAUGAAGAAACUGGAGAGGUCUAUGUCCAUAGAGCUAUUGACAGAGAGAAGUACGCGCUCUUCCAUCUCAAGUUUCAAAUCUUGGACAAAGACACUGGUCUACAAAUAGACAGAGAACUAUCUUUUGACAUAGAAAUAAUGGACAUCAAUGACAAUGCGCCAACAUUUGCCAAAUCCCGAAUCACAGCCGACGUAAAGGAAAACUCAGAAGAGGGGUAUUUGCCAGUGCAGCUACAUGCCAUGGACAGCGAUCAAAGAGGCACACCUAACUCUAACGUCACCAUCAGUGUGAUUUCACAGAAACCACAACAGCCCGUGAUUGCUUUGAAACAGAUUGAUGACAGGCUGGCCCAGCUCACACUUACAGGAUGUUUCAACUAUGAUAAAACAAGGAAUUAUGAAGUGAUUGUUCAGGCAAAGGAUCAAGGAACCCCACCCCUUUCCUCAACUGCUGUUAUAUCUCUCAAUAUUGUUGACACAAACACCCAUCCACCAGUGUUCAAGGAGACUAAGUAUAAAGGUGAGGUGUUAGAAUCAACCAUUAAAAGAGAUGUCUUGAGAGUUGCAGUAGAGGACAAAGAUACUCCAAAUACUCCAGGCUGGCGUGCCAAAUAUUUCAUCAAAGGGAAUGAGGAUGGAGCUUUCCAAAUUGAAACUGACCCAGCGACAAAUGAGGGCAUUCUAAGUGUCAUUAAGGAAAUGGAUUUUGAGAGAACAUCUUUAUUAGAACUGCAAAUCGGAGUAGAGAAUGAGGAACCCUUAUUUGUUUGUAAAGACAAAUCCACUGGCACCAACAAACUUCCUCCUCCAGAUUCAGUCACAGUCACAAUCGAAGUGAUCGAUUUCAACGACCCACCUCAGUUCAAGAAAGAAAUAAUUGAUGUGUACCAGAGGGAGGAGGAGCCGUCAGGAAAGCUACUGUUCACGCCAGAGGUUCACGAUGAAGAUUCUGAUAUCAAUAACAUCAGAUAUGUGUUGUUACACGAUCCAGCCAAGUGGAUGGGAAUUGAUGCGAAAACAGGACAAAUCAAAACAAUUAAGAUAAUGGACAGAGAGUCACCUUUCGUUAAUGAGGACAGCAUUUACAACAUCACCAUUGGUGCCGUAGAUGACGGUAAGCCCCAAGCCACAGGUACAUGUACUGUGCUGGUCCACCUGAAGGAUAUCAAUGACAACACGCCUCGACUGGUCAACAAUCACGUCAUUAUGUGUGGAAACAAGGUGAACAAAGUCAUGAUAGCUGCCGGAGACGCAGAUGACCAUCCUUACAGUGGGCCCUUCAUCUUCUCUUUGAGGGAUGAUGAUGGAACUGUGAAGCGGCUAUGGAAACUAGACCCUUCCGUAGGGGAGGAAGGUGGCCUCGUUAGCUUGAAGACACUUCCUUAUGGCAACUACACAGUGCCCCUGGUGAUUCAGGACCAACAGAGCAUGCGUGCAAACAGCACUUUGGGAGUGACGGUGUGCGACUGUGGAGAAGCGAGCGUUUGCCGUCGUAAAAAGCCGCUCUCAACCAGCGGCGGGGCAUCUUGCAUUGGAGUGAUUUUUGCAGGAUUGCUGUUAUUUUUGUUACUACUCCUCAUCUUUAUGUGUGAGUGUGGAAAAAAAACACUCAAUCACGGCCACAUAGGGCAGGACGAGGGAAACCAGACGCUGAUCAAGUACAACCAAGAAGGAGGGGGUGCUGAAAGCAUGACAAAGCCAGUUCUGCCCUCGAUACCUACAAAUGGAGUAGCUGUGACAGAAGGCCUAAAAAAGGCCACCAGGCAGGUCAGUGAAACCGACGCAGGGAUGAUCGCGAAGAAAGAUGCAUACAACACACAAAAUGUGAAUUUGAACAACAGCACAAUGGGAGCGUAUCAAAUGGACUCCGACUUCAGAGGCCUUGGAAGACAAAACAGGUAUUCUUCCUGGAGUACAAACAAGUCCAACUCCUUCCAUCAGGGCCACGGAAAACGGUAUCAACGCUCUUUGAGCCAGCAGUCACAGCAGUACAUUAUAGAUCACAUUGACAAGAAACUGCCCAUGCUUGAUGGAGGCCACGUUGAAUAUCCCCAGUACCAACCCUACAAGUAUGUCUAUGAGGGAGAGGGCAGCACGUCUCAGUCACUGGAUAAGCUGUCCAUCGGCAACCUGGGAGACGACUUGCAGUUUCUGAAUGACUUGGAGCCAAAGUUCAAGACGUUGGGCAACAUCUGUCACAGGGCAAUUCAAGAGAAAGAACAUACGGCUUUGAAGAACACAGCUGGAAAGUGAUUUGUAGAUCGUGCAUUGAGCUCUUUCUAGUCCCUGACUGUGACCACGACCUAACCUGGACAAUGGCAUACAAUUCAGGGUACAUGUUACAAUACACUGUGUCGUGUUGAUUGAUGAAGUCAAGAGAAAAUCUCCUUCACCACCUUCAGUGUUUCCCCCCCCCUUACAAUGAUUUUCAGCAAAGGUGCCGUUAUUAUGAAUUGUUGUCUUUUGUGUCUUAAUUUGCGGCUUCUGGCGCUCACUUGUGCAAGAAAGUUAUGAGGGAUAAUCAUUAGUGGCACAUAGAUAUUAAUGAUUGUGUGAAAUUUUAGCAGCAGAGCAUAAUAAUGUGGCAGUGGCGGCACACCAACCAACCCUAGCAUUACUGCUGUAGUUAUUUCAUGACCCUAGAAAGUUUAGGACGGCAACUAUCUAUACAUUAACAACACUAAUUCAUGUGUAGAGAAUUUUCACAAUUUACAGAUAAGUUGUUCAGCCCAAAAGUGUGGAAAAAUGUCAGUCAAUGUUUCCCUAAACAUUGAUAUAAAUGUUUGGGAUAUAAAGAUAUCUAUAAAGCGACAAGGAAACAAACAACCAGCACACCCAAAGCACUUAAUAAUAACUUAAUGUAAUAAAACAUUGACAAUAAACUAAAUCAAUGAAUCGCUGGAGUCCUAAAAAAUUGAACAAUUGUGCAAUAUGUAGGGCGUUUUUACCUAAUUAGGCCAUACAGACUCUGAACCUGCAGGCAAAUGUGGACUUGUUUUUCUUGGAUACUGUUUACAUUUCCAGAGAAGCAACUGACUCAGGCUCUGAGAAUGAAGCUUCGAGGAAACCAAAAGCGAUUCUUCAGUCCCACAUAAUAAUCCAUGAAGUAUGUGACGUGAAACAAAACAUGAAGCUCGUAACACUCAUAACACUUAACGCUUAAAAUAGCUCAGUACCUAAAGUGAUGGGCAGGAAAGGGUGGCCAUAACUGAUACCCACUGAAGUGGAUUGAGUAUUUCUUGAAAACAAAGAGUAUCUUUGAUCUCUGAGUAUCUGUGAUCUCUGCCAACUGAUGUGUAAUUUAUACUGAAUAAGUAUGGCGCCCAAACUACCAUGUGAAACAAGGAUUAUAGCAUUUAGUUUACGUGAGAUUAGAAGCUGGUUUACUGGUGUGUUCUUAAACUAGGUUAGGUUUUCAGUGGUUACCUGCAGAUUUUAGCGCUAAUUCAAUUUGAUUCCAAAUGUUUGGGUUUGUUGAUCCAAAAUUGAUUCAGAUCAUAGAGUUUGUUCAGAAAAGGGAUCCCGUCAUGAAAUGAGAAUAUUUGUAAGAUUAGGUCGCUUUUAUAUUCAGGCAAAAAGUCCAAGAAAGCAUUUUACAUUUAUUUAAGCAAAAUUUGCACACACAUUGGCUCAUCAUAAAAGUGGAGCCUUAAUUUUCUACUAUGCUGAAAGUGAUUUGAAAUGAAACAGGGUAUGGAUGUGGUUAUUCUUUUUGCCCAUUCAGAAUUGGCUGGAAGUUUCUUGCAGUGGUUCAGUGUGCGCUGGUCAGCUGCUGGUGUCCGCCUCCUUUAACUCAGGAUGAUUGGCACGUCACAUGUGCCCGUGCAUUUGUUGUAUUUCUAAAAAAAAAAUAAAAUAAAUAACCUGCACAGCUUGCAUAUUGUGUGGGUCAUGGCAAGCUUCAGUUUCACGAUAGUGAUGGGAAACUGAAUCAAAACUGAAGCAAUGUUAUUUUAAUCUUGUCAAUUUGUUUUACCUGAAUCUAAUGUUGAUGCUUCUGACUGUAACCUAAGCAAGUUGUAAAUAGUGUCAUUUUUAUGCUCUGCCACUAGGAUAUUUCAUAGUAAAUAAGAUUCCUGUUUGUCUCUUUGUAAAUAAGUUUUGUGUUGAAUUAUUGCUCCAGAGUGGUACGAUGUAAAUAAUGGUGGAUGUAUGGAAAGAGUGUAGAAUAAUGUACUCGUGAAAGAAAUGUUGGCAGCAGUUAAUUGUCUUUUUUUUUAACCUAUUUAGUAGGGGUAAGUGUUGAGGUCAUUAUAAUAAAAAGAGUUAGAAACACUA